UGGUCGGAUGCCAACUUGGUCAUCGCAGACAACUUCGCUCGUGGUCAUCCACGGCAACAUCGUCGUGUACGCGUUUUCGUUCUGGCUCACGCAGCCCGUCCUUCCGUUUUUGCUGCACGAGCUCAGUGCGGACAAGCUCCUGUUCUCGAGGUUUCAAACGUUUUGCUCGUUCCUCCAGCUGCUCGGCGGUCCGCUGGCCGGUCGCAUUUGCGAUACCUUUGGGUUUUCCGUGACUCUAAGCGCGUCCCAAGCCGCCGCGUCGCUAUCCUAUGCCCUCUUGGCAGCCUCUUUCUCCGUCUCAACGCUGUUCCUGAGUCAACUUCCCACUGUGUUUAUGCAUGCCAUGCACGCCGCUCAAGCCGCGACGACUGUGCUCGCGCCAGACAACAUGCGUGCUACUGCGAUGGGGCGUUUAAGUCUUAGCUACGGCAUAGGGAUGGUCCUCGGCUCGUACGUCGGUGGAAUCGUGUCCGUCGCAUUCUCGACAAAGCACACUGCGGCACUGGCAGCUGUUCUCUCCAUAGCGGUACUUCCCGUCAACUGGCUCGUGUUCCAGGGCAUGAGUAGGACGACUACCCUGUCUGCCGCCGAUUCCUCCACGAAACCACGGGCGACCGCCAUUGACGUGUUCAAGAUCGUCGAAGUUGUUCGACAGCCCGAGGUGUUGAACUCCCUGACGAUUCAAGUGCUGGUUGGGCUGGCCCUUUCCAUUCACCGCAGCACGUUCUCGGAAGUUCUUCGUCAAUAUCUAUCCCUCGACCCCCAAGGCGUCGGUCUAAUUAUGUCUGUCAGCGGUGUAGUCACGAUCGUGUCCAACGGCGUCCUCUUGCAGAUGUUCUUGGUGCAGUGGUCCGAAAGAACAGUGUUCUUGGGAGCGUCGAGCGCAAUCGCUCUAAGUUUUGCCGUGUACGCGAAUCUGGGGUUUGGUCCAAGUGGAUGGUGGUCACUCAUGGCACUCACCGUGCUGCUCAGUGGAGCGUCCGCCAUUGCGUACACCGUUCUGUCGUCCGAAAUGUCGAAACGCGCAAAUCCAAACAAUCGUGCAACGGCCAUCGGGCUCAGUCACGCAAGUCGCAGCGGAUGCGGAUUGAUUGCACCAACACUGGGCACUCUACUUCUGCAUGAAUACAGUUUCCAAGCCGUGGGGUACUUCUGCUGUACCAUGGCGUGCUUGUCCGUUGUGUACGCGUCCCUUCCAGCCGCCCACGUCAGUCCAGAUCACUCGAAAAAGCUCAAGUAAUUCAAACCGAAUUCUGGUCGUCGCGAUCGGCAUUUGCACAAUCGCGAUGGUGCUGUGGCCUCGCUCGGCCUGUGUGUGCCCAUUGGCCGCACAACUGGGGGGUUCCACUCCACUCUCCUCUUCCAACAUGGACAUUACACAAUCACACGAAUAAUCCCAUGGUCGCUACGAACCCGUUCUUCGGCGACGACUCCAUGCGUCUAGACAUCCUUCACUCCCAACGAUCGCCGAUGGCACAGUGUUUGUGCAUGGACGCUAGAAACAGCCUCGAGUGUUGACCGUCGGAAUGAACUUGCAUAUCGACGUUGUUCGGUGCGACUCCAUGGCGUUGUGUCAUGUGAAGCGAGGGUUUGUGUCACAGCCCGUGCGUGACCCUCGCCAUUGUCACCAUAGCAUUCAAGAACACAAAGGAUGAAGGCGGCCUGG